CCCGAUGGUAUCGCCACUCCUCGGUAGACAGACCUGUACAGCGUUCGUAUCGCGGACCAGAAAAACACAGGGAUUUCCACAAGUGAAAUUUUAUUGAAAAACUUGACUGAGAGUGUUUGAAGUGGUCGAAAUGUCCCAGGUAGGAUUUUCUCGCCCUGCCACCCAGCUCAGCGGGAGAGUUGGUGUUGGGGUCGGGGUGAGUCUUCCAGAAAUACAGCACCCGCUUUCCAGAAUGAGCAACCCAGGGAACAUGGAUGUAAGAGGAGUUUCACGAGCGGGAGACAGGCCAGGUUCAAAUCCAGGCUCCGGCAGACCUUUAGCCAAUGAAAAUAUCUACCGUUUGAGGAAAAGUACGAGUGCUAUCAGUACUGGAGAACGACGAGAAAGUCGUCUAAGUUUCAGAAAGGAAGCCAUGGCUCCUCAAGACGCCAUUGAAACCAUUCCAGAAGGUGUAGAGGUGACCUACGGGAACCCUGACAAGCCAAGGAUGCCCGUAUUCGGAAGCAGAGCUAGCGUUGCUGACCGGGCUGAGGUUCCUCCAAGCCGUGCCUCCACCAGACUGUCCCGACCCGGCACACAGGCCAGGAUAGAAAUAGAUGAGCUGGAGUCUUUGCUGAAAGAAAAGUUGAAAACCAACUACUACGAGGUCAGGAAAAGGUUCAAGGACAACGACCCUGAGGGCAAGGGCAAUGUGUCAAGAGAGGCAUUCUGUCGUAUACUGAUGGUGGUUAUCAACCGCCCAGUCAGCCAGUCUCAGUUCAACAGGCUGAGCGAGAGGAUAGGCCUCAAGAACAAGAGCGUUGUCUCCUUCACCGAGUUCUUCAGUCACUUCCGAGAUGUGCCUGGCGAAUCGGACUAUCCUCAGUGGAUGGACCCCGUGAACAGGACAGACAGAGUCACCAUGAGUGCUGCAUCCGUCCACAUGCACCUCAAGGAGAAGGCAAAGCAGAGAUUCUUGGACGUUGCCGACAUGUUCCCCCAGAUGAACCCCGGCGGAUCUGGCCGCAUCCUGAAGCCCGAGUUCAAGCAGAUGCUCAACAAGAUGAUGUUCUUCAUGGAGGAUGACGAGUUUGACAAACUGUGGAUCAGGUAUGACUCCGAGGGUACGGGCGUGAUCCAGGGCGGCAAGUUCCUCAAGUCCCUGGGCAUUGAGUGGAGGAACGCCACCUCGGAGGGGGUGAGGAAAUCCCUGUCGCCGGUCAACGAAGAAGGAGGUGAUUGGUUGUCUUCUAUAUGGCACCCCGUCAGUGAGCGCCGCACCCCCGGCGCAAGGAGCAGAGAGAGGAGACAGCAGCUGAACAUAGAACGCUGGCUCAAGGACAAGUUCAGGGAGGGCUUCUUCCACAUGAAGGAGUCGUUCGAGGAGCUGGACACGAACAACACCGGCGUGGUAUCCUUUGACAACUUCCUGGAUGUCCUGAAGCAGUACGGCCUGAACCUGGAGAAGCCCCUCCUCGGAUCCUUCCUAGCUCGGUGCAGCGUCCAGGUUGUAGGUAGCGGUGUGCCCUACAAGGAGUUCCUCCACCGGUUCCAGGACCGUAGCGAGAACGGCAUGACCCACAACAUCCUCACCGACAAGAAACACAAGUACAAUCACCCCGGCAGUGUUGACGGUGUCUCGACCGUCAGUGCCAUCGAGGCCCAGCUCAUGAAUAUGUUCCAGAGAGACUUCCUGGCUCUACUUGGCACGUUCAAGUCCAUUGACAAGAUCGGACAAGACGUUAUCAGCCAGGAGGAGUUCCGUGCCGCAAUGGAAAGCCGGUUUAACCUGGAGCUGACCGACUCCCAGUUUGAAGCUUUCACAGACAGAUUACCCUUGGACGAAGAUGGGAAUGUCAAAUAUGCCGAGUUUAUGCAGCUGUUUGAUACAAAGUGAGGGAAGGCCCAAAGCCUGUUCCAGGGCAAACGAAAGACAGCUGAUACCCUGACUAUCCCGCAGCCCGAGCAGUUCCAGUCUCCAAGACAACCGCUCCAGGAGGACGAGUUCGAGGACACCUACGUCAGGAGGACACCUCAAGAGAUCUUCAAGGUCAUCAAGGACUUGUUGAACCGCAGGUACCAGGACGUGGAGGGUGCGUUCUAUGACCUUGACGAGACCAACACCAGACGCCUGACGACGGAGAUGAUGUACCAGCUACUGAAGAGAUUUGACAUUCAGCCGGAGGUAUCCCGACGUGAGAUUCGCGACCUCUGGAAAACCUUCAUCACCAACACAGACCGGACACUCGACUACCUGCAGUUUGUCCGCCAUUUUGGCUUCUCCAUGAGGUCUGCCACCUACCCUAACGCGAAACUGAACCCCCCACGUCGCGGGGAUGCUGACUACAUGCUGAGGUCCAGGAAACUCAACUGUGCAGCGGACAUGCUGCAAGACAGUCUUCGUUCCAAGCACUACUUUGCUUAA